GACAGCUGUUUCCGGGAUCAUGUGGGUUGUUCAGCACUCAUUUUAACUUCGACCAUCAGGAUGAAAACGGAAAGAAAUUUAAACAACAAGCAAUGCUUCUAGAAGUCAUCAACAAUUAGGUAGCGCCUCAGUUGUAACCGUUAAAAAGUCAUAUUUAUUUUUGCGAUACGUAGACAUGGAACAGUUGUAGCUCUUUGUGCAGGGGGAAGUAAAUAAUCGUCGGACAGGCUUCCUGUUUUCGUUUUCUUUCAGUGGGUUGCAUUGCCAGCUAAAAGCCAGUCAGUCGUGAGGUGAGAUGACAACGUAAUGAAUUUGGCUUUUGUGGCAGUACUUAUUACACCCGUAGUUACAUAGACAUUACACAACAUGGCUUUGAGCUCCGGCGGGUGGGCUCAGAUGCCGCCUCCUGCUCAAUCCUUAGUCCUGGGAGCACUGCAAUCCACCUGCAAUACAGUACUCAUGUCUGUACGAGUAUCGGUGUGCCAUUCUGGACUCCGGCCGCUCUGUCUUCCUGGAGCAGGGGAUGACACACUUCGUCUUCAACUAAGCAUGGACCCGAACCGGGCUGGAGAGUUUCGAUUAGCCCUUAGGGAUGUCUGCAGUUCUGGUCGCAGUGUGUUUUUAGCUGAGUUUGAUCUACGGACAGUGAAAUAUGAGAUUAAAUCCCCGCGCUGCCAUGAACUUCGACUGACCACACCCCCCCAUGACUGCCUCAGCUUCAAAUUUCGCAGUGAGCAGGAGGCCCAGGAAUGGGCGACUGUGGUGAUGUCAUCACUGAGGGAGGCACAAAGAGUGGCAAAUAUCUCCCAGAAUCCAGUGGAAGAAGGACAGAAGAGUAUUGAACCUACUGAACAACAGGGUUUGACAGAAUUAGCACCCAAAGAGGAGCUGUGUAUAGAGUUAGCCAAAGCCAUAGAGGCAGGAGAUACCAGUUCUGCCAUGCAACAUGCCACAGCCCUGGCCCAGCAGCAGUUGUCUCUCAGCAUCCAGCCCUCACAGAAGAACUACGAGGAUGAAGAUAUCAAUCUUGCUGUGGUAGUGGAGGAUGCCUCUUCUUCCUGUUGUGUCACAGUUAAAGUCAUGCCACACAUGACUGUCUCCUCUCUCAAACAGCAGAUUUUUUUGGAGUAUGGGUUUCACCCACGGGUGCAGCGCUGGGUCAUCGGUCAGUGCCUGUGUACUGACGCACGCUCGCUGGCAUCUUACGGGGUGGCUCGGCAUGGCGACACGGCCUUCCUGUACCUGCUGUCUGCCCGCCAGGCUCGCCUGAGUCGCCAGCUGUGCCAGCAGGACCAGGAGAGUGCCCUCCUCAUGCCCAGCAGUGCCCCAAACCCGGCCCCUGGCGCCACCUCCACCCCUAUCCUUGCCCCCACUCCACCCGCCAAUGGACCCGCCUCUCAUGACUGGAGGGGCUACAGCACCCUGCCAUCCAGACUCAGCCACAGCAGCACGAAAGACAGCGGUGCAGCAGAGAAGCCCAACAUAGUAGACAUGGUGAAUCUUGACUCACUGCAGCUGGGUGGGCCCAACGUCAAGGUCAACAACACUCAGGCUGGCUGGCCGUGUCCAUCCUGCACGUUCAUCAACAAAGCUAAUCGUCCCGGCUGUGAGAUCUGUAGCACGGCGCGACCGGAGUCACACCAGCAGGACCGCAUCCAGCAGGAGAGAGGAAGACGAGUCGAUCAGGGGAGCAGUGGGACAUCCAGCAAUGCCAUCUGAAACACAACUACUUCCAGUGGUGGAAACCUCCCCAUAAAUCACAACUUACUACAACACAUCUCUGACUUGCCAAAUGUUUUUACUCAAACACAUAAUAGAACUAAAAGAGGUUACGCCUGCCGAGAACUUUGAAGAAUGUCCGAGUGGAGUCAGACUCAAGCACAGAUAAAGGGUAGCACAAGUUACCCCCCCCCCUCCCCCCUCCCCAAACUUUCUACGUGGAUUAAUUCUGUCCCAGCCCAGCCAUAGGCCAUCCCACCAGAACGCCACUGCGUAGGUCAGGAAGUCCAUAUUAGUGCAUCAGGUCCCCCUUCCCCCGAGAUGGCAGCCAUCUGGCACUGUGCGCCCUAAUUUAAAUGCCGGGCAAAUGAUCUAACUAAAGCUAAUUAAAAUAGUGAAUCGAAAUCUAUUUGAAAAUCUGUUAUCAUGAGCAAGACCCUAAGCACAAGCAUCGGAGGGUCAGCUAAAAACAGUCACGAGCCCCACGAUAGCUUUAGUUCUUGCACGAGAGCUUCACUCGUAGACUGACUAUGACGUUUUGCCCAGCAUUUAAAUGAAGGCCCUGCGUGUCUUCAGCAAGGCCCCUCAUAAGGUAGCAUAACGUCACCCACUCAUAACAUCAACCUUGGCUCUCCCACUCCUUUUAUAUGCCUUGGUUUCCGAGGACUCAUCUCACGGCCAGAGGUGUUUUGUUUAUUUUGUCAGGGCCGUGCUGUGUAGCAUGCUCUACUGCAGUCCAAUUCUGCUCUCUGUCUCCCCCUCCUCUCUUUUAAACGAUAAACUGUGAACAAGUGUUGAGGAGGGUAACCUCUCAAACGCCUUGUGAUUUUCAUUUGUGGUUAGGUUCAGACUCAUUUUAAAACACAUGCAGGGGCUAUGCCUGAUUGACCGAGGUAAUAUACAUAGUUGUGUUUGUAAGUGGUUUUAUUUUUAUAUUGCAAAUUAUUUAAGUUGUGAAUGUGAACUAAUUGCGAGACUGUAAAAACAAAUGUAAAUCCAAAUCUGUCCUAAUGAAUAACCUAAAACAUGCUUUAUGGUGAUAAUGUAAAUGAAUAAAUUACAUCAAAAAGUA